AUGAACACUCCCAAAACCCCAGAGCAGCAGCUCGCAGAUCUGCAGGACAAGCUCACGAAGGUGCAGCAGGCGCUCACCCAAAUGCAACUUGAGGAUGCGCGCCUGCAAUUCAACCUCGGACGCGAUGAGAAGGCCAAGCCGGAGCCUCCUCCUAAUUCAAGGAUGUUCUCGGACUUCGCAAAGUUCGCCGAAGGACUGGAGAAGGUUUUUGGGGAUCCGGACUCGCAGCGGCAUGCCCAGGAGCGGCUUGCCCGCCUGCGCCAAACCAAGUCAGCUGCCGCCUAUGCAGCUCAGUUCCGACAAGGCGCACUUUGUUCUAGCAUUAACAACGAGCGUCUUAUACAACUGUUCUACAACGGACUUAAUGAGGAUGUUGAGGACGAAGUUAAGCUCCCAAAGUCAACGGCUUACGGUACCCACGCAGGACAUAUGGACGUCGACGCUGCCCAAAAGACCGGCCAGAACGAGAUUACUUAUUAUGAUUGCGGUCAGAAAGGCCGUGUAAAGAAGAAUUGCAAGCCACCGUACAAAUCCCGGAAACCUGCACCUCGCAAUGAGAGCGCCGCGGCCGAGAAGGAUACGAGGGAGACAAGCAUGACGGAGUGGCUUUCCGAUGAAACUGAUCGGCUCCUCCAUUUUUUGCUGACCGAAACGGAGGUCGACGCUGGAUCUGGAGUUGCCAACAGUGUCGACGACGCGAUGAGUCCAGGAAGAGGCGGCAGCCAUCUGGUGAAGAUGGCAGGAAUGAGAAUCAGCAGGAAGGCCCGAAGAGGCAGCGCGCAGGCAGCUGUCGUUUCCGUCGACGAGAGCCAAAAUCUCGCUGUCGAGGGUUGGGUCACCUCACGCGAGGCAGCAGUGAUUCAGGAAGGAUUGUUAGUCAACAAGAAGAAGAGCGAGUUCCAUGUGACAAAGAACGUGUUCCUAGGCUACGAGAUCUCUCCCGGCGAAUUGCGCAUAGAACCUAGCAAAAUCGAGGCUAUCAAAAACUGGCCCAUACUCACGACCGUCAAGGACGUGCGAGCCUUCGUCGGAUUUGGCAACUUCUACCGCAUGUUCAUCAAGGACUUUGGCAAGAUUGCCAGACCAUUGCACGACCUGACCAAAAAGGAUGUUAACUUUCGAUGA